ACGACACCGACUUCAUGCACAGGCUUUCACUCAAGCUACUAUAUCAGUCAGCAAGCUCAAAGGCUCUGCACUUUCCAAGGACGUUAUCUUUUACAAGCAAACGUAUAAGCCAGCCCUGUCUUGGGCGUAAUCAUCCAUACUUCAAAGUUUACCCUUUCGGCACUCAUCAAGUCACUGCGUUUUCGAGCUGUGCGCCUGUUAGAAUGAUAUCAACACCAUUGACGGAGAUAUGUGGGGUUCGAGUGCCGGUCGUGCAAGGUGGAAUGCAGUGGGUUGGCAAGCCUGAGCUAGUAGCAGCUGUAUCAAAUGCUGGUGGACUAGGCAUUAUUACUGCUCUCACCCAACCAAAUCCCGAUGCACUCCGUGUUGCUAUUCGCGAAACGCGCAAGUCAACGGAUAAGCCGUUUGGCGUUAACAUCACCCUGUUACCGAGCAUCAAUCCCCCGGAUUACGAAGGAUAUGCUCGGGCUGCUGUGGAAGAGGGUGUUAAGAUUUUCGAGACGGCUGGCAACAGUCCUGGAAAGCUAAUCAAAUAUUUCAAGUCAGAAGGAUGUAUUGUUAUACAUAAGUGUACCACUAUUCGGCACGCAAAGUCUGCAGAGCGACUAGGCGUGGAUAUACUUAGCAUCGACGGAUUUGAAUGUGCUGGACAUCCAGGUGAAGAUGAUAUAGGCGGUGUUGUUCUGCUGGCAAGAGCAGCACAAGAACUCAAAAUACCAUAUAUCGCUUCUGGAGGUUUUGCAGAUGGCCGAGGAUUGGUUUCUGCACUCGCGUUAGGGGCUGCUGGUGUGAAUAUGGGAACGCGCUUCAUGUGCACAGUUGAGAGCCCAAUACACCAGAACAUCAAAGAGAAGAUAGUGGCGUCGACUGAACAAGACACCGUACAUAUAUUCCGUACGCUUCGAAACACGGCUCGUGUAUUCAAGAAUAGCGUCUCUGAGCAAGUAGUUGCACUCGAACGCAGGCCUGGUGGUGCAAAGUUCGAGGAUCUGCGUGAGCUUGUGUCAGGCGCGCGUGGAAGGGUGGUGUACGAGAACGGUGACCCUGAGUAUGGGAUCUGGAGUGCGGGUAUUUCUGUCGGUUUGAUCAGGGAUAUACCUUCGUGUCAAGAGCUCGUGGCGAGGAUUGAAAAAGAGGCGGAGGAGGUGAUUGCUGGGAUGAGCCGGUCUGUGAAGGUGUCCUCGAAACUCUAAUUAGGCUGGGUGUGGGCAAGGAUAAAUGUCUGAAAGAACAGUAGUCUGGAUACUCUAUUGUACUAUGUACUUGAAUGUUAUUUUACUGGAUCUAA